AUGGGUUCCGCACCUACGAGCAGCUAUGCUCUCUCCCAGACUCAUCGAGAGAUGCUCGAGAAGUCCCUCGUCGACUCGGAUCCGGAGAUCGCAGAGAUCAUGAAAAAAGAAAUCAAGCGUCAACGCGAGUCCAUCAUCCUCAUUGCCUCGGAGAACGUCACCUCCCGGGCUGUCUUCGACGCCCUCGGCUCCCCCAUGUCCAAUAAGUACAGCGAAGGCUACCCCGGCGCGCGUUACUAUGGCGGCAACCAGUUCAUCGAUGCCAUCGAACUCACGUGUCAAAGCCGGGCCUUGAAGGCCUUCCAUUUAGACCCGGAGAAGUGGGGCGUCAACGUACAGUGCUUGAGCGGCAGCCCCGCAAACCUGCAAGUAUACCAGGCGCUGAUGAGGCCUCAUGAUCGGUUGAUGGGGUUGGAUCUGCCGCAUGGAGGACAUCUGAGUCACGGGUACCAGACGGCGCAGAGGAAGAUCUCCGCAGUUUCGACCUACUUCGAGACCUUCCCAUACCGAGUCAACCUCGAGACUGGCAUCAUCGAUUAUGACCGCCUCGAAGAGAAUGCGCUUAUGUAUCGCCCCAAGUGUAUCGUCGCAGGAACCUCCGCAUACUGCCGUCUGAUCGACUAUGCCCGCAUGAGACAAAUCGCAGACAAAGUCGGCGCGUAUCUGAUCGUGGACAUGGCACACAUCUCUGGAUUGAUCGCCGCAGGUGUCAUCCCAAGCCCCUUCGAACACGCCGACGUCGUCACCACGACCACCCACAAAUCCCUGCGUGGUCCCCGAGGAGCGAUGAUCUUCUACCGCAAGGGUGUGCGCAGCACAGACCCCAAGACCGGGAAACAAACCCUCUACGACCUCGAGGGCCCCAUCAAUUUCUCCGUCUUCCCUGGUCACCAGGGUGGCCCGCACAACCACACAAUCACCGCGUUGGCAGUCGCUCUGAAGCAAGCGGCAACGCCUGAGUUCCGCGCGUAUCAGGAGCAGGUGAUCAAGAACGCCAAAGCGCUGGAAGUUGAGUUCAAGGAGCUGGGCUACAAACUUGUUGCAGACGGGACAGACUCACACAUGGUCCUUCUGGAUCUCCGACCCCAGUCUCUGGACGGCGCGAGAGUCGAGGCCGUGUUGGAGCAGAUCAACAUUGCAUGCAACAAGAACAGCAUCCCCGGAGACAAGUCGGCGUUGACCCCUUGUGGCAUCCGCAUUGGUGCACCAGCCAUGACCUCGCGCGGGUUCGGCGAGGAAGACUUCAAGAAGGUGGCCAGGUACAUUGACGCGAGCAUCAAGCUGUGCAAGAAGGUCCAGGGAGAACUGCCCAAGGAGGCCAACAAGCUGAAAGACUUCAAGGAGAAGGUGAGCAGCGAAAGCGUCGACGAGAUCUUGAAGCUGAGGGCCGAGAUCGCCGAGUGGGCCUCGAGUUUCCCCUUGCCGGUGUAA